GUGUUUUAUGCAAUAGGCAUGCUUUGAUUAGGUGCACGUUGUUCGAAGAUUGUGUUACUCUCCUAUCAAAACCUGCCUUUUGGAUUAAAGAGGCAAAUUGGUUUUAUCCAAUGCGUACGUUAAAGUGGGACCCAUGGUUUUCCCCUGAAGUGGAAACAAGUAUAGCAAUAGCUUGGAUUUCUUUUCCUACUUUGGCUCCUAAUUACUUUGGAGAAUCACAAUUAUUCUCUAUGGCCUCUGCUGUGGGAAAGCCAUUGAUAAGUCAUCUUGCUACAAAAAAUAAGACACGACCUAGUUGUGCUCGGGUUAAAGUGGAGGUUGAUUUAUUGAAAGAGCAUCCUAAAAGAGUUGCAAUUCAAGCAGUUAAUAAGGCUAUUGGAGAAAUUAGAACAAAAUGGGUGAAAAUUCAAUACGAUUAUGUGCCAAAGUACUGCACGGAGUGUUGUUUACAAGGUCAUGAUGUGGAAGGUUGCUGGAAACUUCAUCCUGAACUUUUCCCAGAGAAAGAAGAAGAGGAAGAGGAGACUGUGGAUAAAGGGAUGCAGGUUGCUAAACCUAACAAUGAUAAUGGUGCUGUUCAGGGAAAUCACAAAGGCAAAAAUCAUAGUUCCAACUUUAAUAAGCUGCAUAAUCAUACCAUCAAGGUGUUGCAAAGUGGAAAGGUUCUUGGCAAUGCUAAAGAUCUGUAUAGAUGGCAAAAUCACAAAGGCAAAAACCAGGUGAAAAUAAAUGAUAAUGUGCAGAAGCAGGUGAAUGUCAAACAAGGAAAAGUUGUUGAUAAAAAUAUUGGGAAGGAAACAGGUGCAGUUGAGAAUAAUAACAAGCAGGCUGAUGCAGCAGGAGGCAAUAUGCCUGUUGAUAAUAAUCACAAGGUCCAUGCAGUCAAAAUUGCAGGUCCUAGUACUGUUCAAACUACCAACAAAUUUGCAGCAUUUGGAGAUUGUGUAGAGGAGUAUGAUGAGGUAGUAGAAGUUGUAAAUGUUGAUGCAGGAAACCAGAUGGAUGCAGCAAUAAUACAGGAGGUUAUAAACUCAGAAUUGGCUAAUGUUGUUGGUGACUCAGAAAAACAACUGGUUACUGUUUCAGUGCCAGAGAAUGUUAAUGUUGAUGCUUCAGCAAUUCCUAAGCAACUGACUGUUAAUGCAGUUGCUUUUUCUUCUGGGAUAACUGGUGGUAAUCUUCAGAAGCGGUGGUUGCAGCAGUUGACGAUGCAGGGACUUUAAAAGUUGCAGAAGUGGUUAAAGGUGCUGUGAUGCCUCUGAAUAGUUCAGAAGUCCCAGUGGCUGAAAAGCAAUUAAAUGUCAAUGCAAAAGUAUUUUCUCCCAAUAAAAAGAAAAACUCACCUGUUAAGACUAAGCAAUGGGUGCCAGUUCUUCUCCAAAAUCAAUCCAGGCCUUGGUUACUACUAAUGAAGCUUGUGAAAAAAUUCCUUCAACCACUUAUGUUGGUGCUAGUGGGGCUUGGAGAUUAUGGAGUGAUCAGGUGGAGUAAAACAUUGAAGAAGGUGAGAUUUUAGGAGGGAAGGAAGAUACUGGAGCAGUCUAAUGAAUCAGUGACACCAGAUGGUAUUGAAAUCAUGUUUGGAGUUUCAGAGGAAGUAGCUGAUGUUCAAAUUAAGAAAGAUAUUGACAUUCAAACUGAGUACAGGCAGGUUCCGAGUGAGAGUGUUAAUACAUUGCCUAAUGAUGUUGAUCGAGAAAGGGACAAGCAGGUAGAUCAUGGUAUAAUGGCUCAGCUUGAUGAGGUGGUUGAACAGGUGCUAAGACUAAUAUAUCUAAACAGGUUGUGCAGCAUGACAGCAAUAAAAAGAAUCAAAAUCAAGUUGCAGCUUCUCAUACCAAUAUUGGGCAGUUGCAAGUGGCAGUAGCAGAUGGAAACAUUGGCAAGAAUGACAUGGAUGAAGAGUCUACUGCACAGAAUUUUCUUAAUGCUGCUAGGGAGGGUGAUAUAUCACCUAGACAGGUGCAAAGUGGAAAAUUCAGAAAUAAAAGUCAUACAAGGAAGGGGAGUUGGGAUGGAAAGGUGACUGAAGAAUUUAUCCCAAGGCAUAUUCCAAUGAGGCAAGCAAAACAAAAAGUGGCAGCUCCUACCACUUCAAAUAAGUUCACAAGAUCCAAGAAAUAUUAAUUAAGUCCCAAGAUUUUUUGGAAAGGCUAGAAGAUCAAGACAAGUUUGAAGAACUACAUACUUUAGAAGAUUUUACAAGUCCAAAGAACAUGGGUCUUGACUCUAUUUUCUUUCUUGCAUUAUUUUCUCAUUAUCUUAGCAUUAUCAUUUGUAAUAUUAUCGCAGAGUGUGUUAUUAACUUUGUGAUGAUUAUAGCUUAUUUGGUACAUGGAAAAGACAAUACCUAUCAUUGGAAGGCAGGGUAGUACUAAUUAACAAUGUUCUUGACUCUCUCCUCAGCAACCUUAUGUCUCUAUAUCCAAUGCCAAUUAGUGUAAGGAAGAAGAUGGAUAGGAUCAACAGGAACUUCUUAUGGGGUUGUUACAAAGAAAAAAGGUCCGACCAUUUGGUGAAGUGGGAAAGGUGCUGGUAGAUAAAAGAAGAGGAGGUCUUGGUAUCAGAAUCUUGAAAAUUCACAGUAAUAGUUUAUAAAUGAAAUGAUUGUGGAGAUUUGGAAAGGAAGGGGGACAACUGUGGAGAAGGUGGAGCUCAAUCUCCUUGGUUCAUGGGUCCGUUUAAUUCUUCUCAUGCUUUCUGUCUUUGGAAGCAUAUUUCUUGCGUUUGUUCUUCUUUUGUUGUUCACACAAAGAUUAAGGUGGUAAUGGUAGGGAGAACAGGUUUCGACAAGAUGCUUGGAUAGGACAUACACCUCUAAUACCUUAGCUGAAAAGGGCACGCACCACUAAUGUCUCAGUUCCAUGAACUUUUCAAUUUCACUUCAAAUAUUGGUAGCUUGGCUUCUGAUCACUGGAAUGGCAUUAGUUGGAGUGUUAAUUUUCGUAGAAACUGUUUUGAUUGAGAAAUUGCUAGAAUAGCUAUUCUUUUGAAUGAUCUGAAAAAGGUGGUCUUAAAACGAUGAGGUUCUAGAUACAUACAUAUGGACUAGGCAGAAAAGUUCUUUGAAUGGGUUCAACUAACAAGCUGGCCUUGAAAGAGGAUC